AUGGAGAACAUUUAAGUUGUGGUUCGGAUCAGACCUUCGAAUAGUACUGAAAGAGACAACAAUGAUUUAGAAAUUUGGUCAGUUCAAAAUCAAGACACAAUAACAAUAUCAAAUGAUAGAUUCAAUGAUUUAGUAAGGAUGAGGAAAUUUGUACCAGGUUAGAGAGUGGAAUUUACAUUUAGUAUAGUCUUUAUAAUUAAUUAUGAAUAGACUAAUGUUUUGAUUCUAAACACACCACCAAAUUUAUUUACUAAUAAUAAAUAUAGAGGAUUACAUUAUCAUCUUUAUAAGGAAUAAAUGGCACAGUAUUCAUGUAUGGUUAGACUGGAAGUGGUAAAACAUAUACUAUGAUGGGUUAUGAUUAAGAAGAAGGAAUUCUUAAAUAAGGAUUAAAAGAUUUAUUUGGUGAAAUAGCAAAACAAUAGGAUAGAUAAUAUUUCUUAAGAUGCAGUUACGUUGAAAUUUAUACUGAUUAAGUAUAUGAUUUAUUGGCUACUCAAGAAAGAUUGAGUGAAACAUUAUUAAUAAAUGAAGAUUUCAAUAAAGAAUUUGUUAUCAAAGGAGCAAUUGAAGAAGUAGUAACUAAUAUUAAUGAAAUUAUGGAUAUACUUCAAUUUGGAGAAAGUAAUCGACAUUAUGCUUCAACAAUUAUGAAUCAUUGUAGUAGUCGAUCUCAUACUAUAUUUAGAUUGUAUGUAAGAUGUGUUCCAAAUUAUAUUGGACCUAAUUCAGUUAUUACAGAAUCGAUUUUGAAUUUUGUAGAUUUGGCAGGAUCAGAAAAGAUCAAUAUUCAUGAUUCAAUGCUUAAAAAGAGAGGUACAUCAGUAGGUGGAAGUGGAGGAACAUAAUACAAAGAUAGAUAAAAUGAAUCAAAACAUAUUAAUAAAAGUUUAUUCUUUUUAACUUAAGUUAUUUCAUUAAGAGCCUAAGAUAAAAAGUAAUAAUUAUAAAUGAUAUCAUUUUUAGUGAUUAACAUAUACCAUAUAGAAAUUCACCAUUAACUAAAAUAUUGCGAUCUUCUUUAGGUGGUAAUUCAAGAACUGCUAUAAUACUUUGUAUUAAUCCAUGUUAUAGUUAAUUUGAAUAAACAUUAUCUACUUUGAGAUUUGGUACUAAUGCUAAGAAGAUAGAAAAUAAUGUAUCUAAAAAUAUUGUAGGAUUUGAUAAUGAUGAAAGUCUUAAUAGAGUUAUAAAGGAUUAUGAGAUUAAAAUUAAUGAAUUAUAAAAAGCUAGAGUUGAUGAUAAGUAAUAAUAAGAAAUGAUGUUGAAAAUUAUUGAAAAAUUAGAAGAAUAAAGAAAAAUAUUUAGAUAAUAAUUUACUGCCUCUGAUCAUAUUUAAGCUAUGAUUAAUAAGGAACUCAAUUAUUAAUGGACACAUUUGCAUUAUCAUGGAGUUGGUGUUUUAUGGGUGCCUGAAAAAGGAAAUAGAGAAUUAGAAGUUAAAUAAGAUGUAAUAGAUUCUUUUGGAACUAUCAAAAAAUAUCAAGAAUUAUAAGAAGAAUUAAUAAUUUUAAAAUCAGAAAAAUAGAAUUUGGAAAAUUAAGUAUUAGAUUUAAAGUAGAAAUAAUAGGAGACAGUAAUUUAAACAAAAAAGAGAUAUGCUAAUUAAAAGACAAAAACUAUAAAAUAUAAAUAAUUAAGUAAAGAUUUAUAAGAAGAAAAGAAUAAAUUAUUAAAAAUAGUGCUUUGUUAUCAUAAUAUGAUAGAAAUGGAUGAAAUGUUAUUGUUAAAUAAUGAUACUUUAGAUUAAAUGACUGAAAAUUUAUAAAUUAUGAUGUAGAAUAUUUAUAAGGUUAAAUUAAAAAAAGAAAUCAAAUUAAAAGGGGAAAAUGUUGAAACACUGAAAUUAAUUACUUCAAAACCUAUAAAAUAUCCAAAAUAUCUAUUUGAUACAUCUGCCAUAAAUGUUUAAUUUUGGGAUGUUAAUGAUAAUAAUAAGAAAAUUGAAGAAUAAAAUAAAAGUGAAAUAGAGUCUUUUUAAAGUUACUUUUAAUCUCAAAUCAAUAUGAAUAGUCCAUCUUAUAUAGAAUUAUAGGGAAGUAAUUAAUAAUUUAAAGAGCCUUUAAAACAUAUUUGUUCUCAUGAAAAGAGUAGUUUAAAUAAGAUUGGUAAAGAGAAUUAUGAACCAAUGCUAAAAAGAAAUUCAAGUAUGGAAGUGUCUGAUGAAUUAAAUUUUCGUAGUUAUUUUAAAUGA